AUGUCUGAGCCAGUUAAUGCAAUGCUCAAAGAUGUUCGAGAUUAUCCUGUCAUUACCCUCUUUAAUUUUAUACAAGCGAAGAUGUCAGAGUGGUUUAAUAACAGGCGGGUUGAAGCUUCUAAAACUAAAACAUUAUUAAAGCCAAGUGUGGAAAAAACUCUUCGUGAGAGGCACAACAAAGCGGGAUUUCUAACGGCCACAAGACUUAAUACUGUUGAGUUCCAAGUGACAGGUGGAGAGGCCACUGCAAUUGUCAACAUUGGAGCGAAGAGUUGCACUUGUCGUGUGUUCGACCUUGAGCAGAUACCAUGUGAGCAUGCAAUAUCAUGUUGUAGAGAAGUAGGAAUGUCACUCUAUGAUUUAUGCUCAAAAUACUACAGGACAGAAGCUUGGGCUCUUGCGUAUGCUGAGACAAUCUAUCCUGUGCCGGAUACUUUGCAAUGGGAUAUUCCGAAUCACGUAAAGGAAGUUUACCUUCUUCCACCGCGAGUUGUAACAAAGAGGGGCAGGCCAAAGCAAAAACGCAUUCCCAGCAUAGGUGAGUUCACACGAAGACAGAAUCGAUGUGCUAGGUGUGGAAUAUAG